CCUCAACCACUCAUUCGGCACAUUAUGGGUCGUGAUCUUGAGCGCGAAGUAUUCGGUGGCUCUGAAUCUGAGCUGUCGUCGGAUGAGGAGGAAAACCGGGAGCAACACCAGCGACCAUCCCAGCCGAGGGACGAUUAUGACCAGGAAUCGUCUGCGGGAGAUUCAGAGGAUGAGUAUCAGCAGCGACCUAGUAGCGCAAAGCCCAAAAAGAAGCGGCUAAAGCAGAGAGGGGAAGGUGGUGAGGAAGGGAGCUCGCGCCCUGCGCAGAGGAAACGCAAGCGAAAGCAACCCGUCACGGAGGAAGACUUGAGCGAGCUUCCUCCAGAACUAGCCAACAAACGCAGACUUGAUAUGCAAAUCGAAGCCAUUCUGAAACCUAAAAAGGCCUCGAGACAACGCAAGAAGCGCAACAACGAAGAAGUGUUGGACCAGUAUGCCGAUGACGAAGUGGCACGGUUGCGGGAAGCAAUGAACAACGCAGCUGAGGAAGACAUCAAGGCUAACAGCGAAAAGCAACCAGCGACUGCCAAACUCAAGCUUCUCGCUGAAGCAAUGGAAACUUUACGCAAACAAUCACUCGCCCAGUCAAUGAUUGACAAUAACCUUUUGGAUGCUGUUCGGAGGUGGCUCGAGCCACUCCCUGACAAGUCACUGCCUGCUUUGAACAUUCAACGUGAACUGUUCAACGUUAUCCGGAAAAUGGAGUUCAUAGACUCUGCAGUUCUCAAGGAAUCUGGUCUUGGUCGAAUCGUUUUAUUCUACACCAAGUGCAAGCGCGUCACGCCCGACAUUGCGCGCAUCGCCAACGAACUCGUGUCAACGUGGUCUAGGCCGAUCAUCAAGCGUUCAGCUUCGUACCGCGACCGUAUUAUCCCUAUAGCGGAUCAGGGGGAUGGUGAUAUGCGCGCAGGCGAACGCUUGAACUCGAUUUUGGCUCGAGCGAAGGAAGGCGAGAAGAACAGGGUCAGGAAGAACGCUGUGAUGAUCCCGCAACGAGAACUGGGCAACUAUACGGUCGCACCCAAAGCUACUGUUAAUCUUGGAAGGACCAACGCCAGCGUGGAGGAAGAUAUCCAACGAAGGAGGAAGAACGCGGAGCGGCUAAGGCAUCUGACGAGGAAGGUCACUACCAAGUGA